UAAAUCUAGCACAUUUACAUGAUAAAUGCUCAUCUUAAUUAAUUUAAAUUGUCCCUUCUUUGAAUAAAACAAACUACAGAGGCUCACUUUACUGUCCAAAGGAGAAAAAAAUAACAGGAAAUGACAGGCACAACGACUGUCCAAUAGAACGUCAGGAAUGCUCUUUGGAGGCGGGUAGCUCUCGUGUCCACCAAUAGGAGCGGCGGGGGCGUGAACGCUCCUCUAUUUAUAUUUGGGCGCCAGCGUGUGUGACUCAUCGCCUCUCAGACCUUCAGUGCGUUCCGAGACAGACCGAACCAACCUCUGCUGCUUCUACCGAACCUUUUUUUUGGAAACAAGAAUUUCUCUCUAAUUGCCCGACAGGAUUGAGAUGUUACAUUUUAGGUUCUCCACAGUGCUUAAGGACUUGUUUGCAGCCAGCCUCAAGCGUCCCUUGUCCGGCUCUAGACAGAAAACCUGGUUACCGACCCGCCACUGCUGCUUCGGCACCUCCUCCGUUGACUCCCGAGCUGCUCCGCUGAAGGUCUUCCAUGCCGCUUCACACCGCCCGGCGCUGCGCACCGCACCCUGCGCCGCCCCGUUCCGCUCCUACUGCGCGAAAACUGAAGGCGCCGUGGUGCUGGACGAGCAAGUGAAGAAAGACGGUGUCAGCAGCGAAGAAGCCAGCGACAAGAGAAGAAAUGCAGGAAUUCUCCCCAGUUUGGAGGACUUGCUCUUCUACACCAUCGCAGAAGGCCAAGAGAAGAUUCCUGCUCAUAAAUUUCUCACAGCACUUAAAGCCACUGGGCUUCGCUCAGGAGAUCCUAGACUGAAGGAAUGCAUGGAAACCCUCAAAGAAACUUUGAAGACCACAGCAGAUGGUGUCACGCUGGACAGGCACCUCUUCAAGAAGUGUGUCCAGAGCAACAUUGUCCUGCUCACUCAGGCCUUCCGCAAGAAGUUCGUCAUCCCAGACUUCCAGUCCUUCACCUCCCAUAUUGAUGAGCUGUAUGAAAGUGCCAAAAAACUCACUGGAGGACAGGUUGCAGACUAUAUUCCUCAGCUUGCCAAAUUCAGCCCUGACCUGUGGGCCGUCUCUCUGUGCACGGUUGAUGGACAGAGACACACAGUUGGAGACACGAAGGUCCCCUUCUGUCUGCAGUCCUGUGUCAAGCCUCUGAAGUACGCCGUUGCUGUUAAUGACUACGGCACAGAGUACGUGCACAGUUUCAUUGGGAAGGAGCCCAGUGGUUUGCGAUUUAACAAGCUCUUCCUGGAUGAAGAUGAUAAGCCUCACAACCCCAUGGUGAAUGCUGGCGCUAUCGUUUGUACUUCACUGAUAAAGCAAGGUGAAGGCAACGCAGAAAAAUUUGACUAUGUCAUGAACUUUCUGAAAAAUAUGGCCGGAAACGAGUAUGUGGGAUUCAGCAACGCUACAUUCCAGUCUGAGCGUGAGUCAGGCGACAGGAACUUUGCCAUCGGCUACUACCUGAAAGAAAAAAAGUGUUUCCCAGAGGGGACAGACAUGACAUCUGUACUGGAUUUCUACUUUCAACUCUGCUCCAUCGAGGUGACCUGCGAGAGCGCCAGUGUCAUGGCAGCCACCCUGGCUAAUGGCGGCAUCUGCCCUAUCACGGGUGAGCGCGUGCUGUCCCCCGAGGCGGUGAGGAACACAUUGAGUCUGAUGCACUCCUGCGGCAUGUACGACUUCUCAGGACAGUUUGCUUUCCAUGUCGGUCUGCCAGCCAAGUCUGGAGUAGCAGGGGGGAUCCUGCUGGUUGUACCCAAUGUUAUGGGUAUCAUGUGUUGGUCACCUCCCCUGGACAAGCUGGGCAACUCAGUCAGAGGAAUUCAGUUCUGCACGGACCUCGUUGAGCUUUUCAACUUCCACAACUACGACAACCUUAGGCACUUUGCCAAGAAGCACGACCCCCGCAGAGAAGGAGGAGACCAGCGGGACGUCUUUGGUACGUCGACCAACUCCAGAACUGCACACCUUCGGACCGAUGGAUUACGAGAGUCUCCAACAGGAGCUCGCUCUGAAAGCCCCUCUUUGGAAAAAGGUGUCCCCCACUGAGUCGCACGAGGACAGCUCCACCACUGUAGUCUAUAGGAUGGACACGGUCGCCAAGUGAAAUUUAAACAAAGAAAGAAAAAAGGACACCCUCACACUCCCACCUCGAUUGAUCUCUCUCCCCACCUCUUGCAACAUCAUCACCGUGUUUCCUCACCCUUUAAUAUUUAUAUAUAAAUUAUGUAGAGGAUUAUUUAUUGCUUGUGAAGCGGUUACUGUGUGGACGAAGCUUCUCUUUGUUUUUAUUUGUGACGGAGGGUUACUGCUUGUUAAUUUUUGCUCUGAACUCCAAAUGAACUCGUAGCCUCUGCCUGCUUAUUGCCUUAGUGUGUGUCUGUGUGUGCGUAGGAUCUAAUGUACAGUGUACAGGAUGUUUAAAUCUCAUCUGGUUGUGUUUGACGAUCCUCUUCAAGGAUGUAGGCUAAGGGUUGAUUUGAAAUUCAGUUUUAUUUUAAGCAACCAAAAAAUCUAAUUAAAAUGUAUGAAUGUGUUUGCACGUGUGGAGCUUCAGUUAACCAGCUUUUAGACCAACAAUCUUUAAAUCUGCAUUCAGACCACUUUGUAGGAACGACUGCUUCAUGUAGCUCACACUGAUUUUGAAUGCAGAUGCUGGAUGAACUGUAGCAGGUAAUGAAAAUUGAUUUAAAGGAUUUUUGAUGGGAAGUUUUGAGUCACGGAGCACAUUCUUAACAUAUGUUUGUUGUUAACGCAGCAGUUUGGUGACAUAGUUUCUCAUUUAAAAAAAAAUAAAAGAGAGAGAGCUUGGAAGGAGGCAGAUGUUAAGUUUUCCCAAUGUUACAUUCUGGACUUUUGAAAGGAGAAAUCAACCCCAAAACUUAAAGGUGCAAUGUGUGAGAAUUUUAGUGGAUGCUAACCAGCUAGCAGUGGCCCAUUUCGGUCCAAAGUUCCUGUGCUAGCGGUGUCAACAUCAACAGUCAGCUGGUCCUCGACACCACUAGUUGCACGGAUAACUGGCUAAUAGCAGCUACAGUGGGCAGCAGUAAGCUUUCAUUCCUGUGAGAAUGAAUUGGUGGCCAAAUCUGAUAUAUUGCACCUUUUUUAAAAAAUGUUUUUUUUAAAUAAUUAUUUUAGUCACUUUCACUGCUCUGUUCUUGUUGGAACUAGAGCUGCAACAAUCAGUAGAUUAAUUCGUUAAUUGUCAACAGAUUUAAUAGGUGCCUGAGUGCGUAAAAUGUAAAAGUUCUCUGAUUCCUGCUCCUUAAAUGUGCAUAUUUUCUGGUUUCUUUACUUCUUCUGACAUUAAACUGAAAAUCUUUUGGGUUUGUGGACACUAACUUUGGUUUUAGACAUUUUCGCCAUUUUCUGACAGUUUGUAGACCAAACAACUAAUCCAUUAAUUGUCAAACCAGAGUAAACAUCAGUUGCAGCCCUGGUCUAAGGACCAGGAACACUUUUAGUCCUCAUACUGCACUUUUUCAAUUGCCGCAGUUACUUUUAAUGGUAAACAUUAUUAAGAAUAACUCUGAAGUAGAGCAUCAUUUGUGCCUCCUUCCACAUCUUUAAAAAGAUAAAGCUCCUGCGAACUUCACAACUUAGAAGCAGAGUCAAGGUUGAGAAACCCAUCAAGAAAACGUAUUUAAAAGAGAAACUGCUAUUAAAAAAAAGGGCUAACCCGCCAGUAUUUGUGCCUGGACCGCAGUUGGGGCUGAUUUUGCUCAUGCAAAAAGCUUAGGAGCCGUGCAAUGACUUAAACACAAGCUGCUUAAAAGACUCUGCAUCAUUCUGAGCUGCUGUUGAGCUUAGACGAACAGAGAGAGAGUGUGUGUCUGUGUGUGCGGCUGGUUGCUCCGUGUUUGUCGAGGUUGGCGAGUUAACCCAGUGUGACGCCAGCAGAGCGAGUGCUGCGUGUUCAUUGAUGCAGCCGCUACGUAAAGCACCUCGUAGUUAGCGCAGGCCUGACCAGUCCUCACACAACCGUUAACUUCUCCACUGUGAGCAGGUGACUGCAGGGUUUAUCUGCAGGUUUGACUGGGCGUUGUUCCAAAACCAUCACUGCAUGUUUACGCUGCGCACACAAAUACACUGUUGUUCAAGCAGGAUGCCUUCGUCGAGAAAACUGAGCUGCUUUCCACAAAGACCGAGAAAUGUAAAUGUAAAGUAUUCACCAUAUUUAAAACUGCUGGAAUUUUAAAGCUUUAAGGGAAACAAAGUUAAAAUGUCUGUUCUGAAAAAUUCAGCCUGUACUUGAAAUAAUAGACACAGAGCGGCAGGUAGAGCUGGGUGUCAAACCUGAAUACUUCUGUUGUGCUGCUUGAAUCAGAAAACUGCCUCAAAUUGGCAUGGCAUUGCAAAAAGAAAAAGAUAGCAAGUGAUGUUGGAUUAACGGUGCAAUAUGUAAGAUAAGACCAGAGUUUAAAACAAUCAGAAGUUCACUGAAAUCAACAGAAUGUAAAUUGUAGUGUCAGCAGCCUGUAUUGUCUCAAGUCCUAGUUCUCUUAGGAUAGAGAGAAAUACACUCAAAAAAGUUAUAUUUUCACACCUUUUUUCUUCGCUUUAAAGAAAAGUAAGUCAAUCUUCUGAAACAGUUACUUUAGUGAUGUUUGGAUCGACCUUUGACAGGCAGUCAGUCUUCACACAUUGCACCAUUUAAAGCCUCUUAAAUGCAAGUGGACUCUUUUUUUUCUGCCCUGAAAAAGUUUUGAGAGCUUUAAUCUAGUGUGCAGAUACUUUCCUGUUUUUCUUAAACCCGUGAAAACAUCUGAACUCUUUCUCUUUACCAUCAGAUAUUCAUGACGUCAGAUAAACAGCAGUUUGAACUAAAACCUCCCUCGUUAUUAGUCAGAAACUGUAGUGUUCAUGUAGGUCUCGAGAAGACGUUACAGCCAAAUUCUUGCCCAAAUUUUGUACAAGUUCUUGUACAGCUGCUUUUGUUCGGGCAACAUUCAACACUCAGUGGUAUUUUAUUUCUUUCAUUUCAGAGUUCAUAUUUCUCAAAGUAAAGAAACUAGUCAUGAUGGAAACCACCCAGCUCUACCAGCAGACAAAAGAGAAUUUAUACUUUCAGCCCUCAGAGGGAACAGAAACUUGGAACUGCAGUAUGAAACAGAGUCGAAUAGUUCACCGAUCCAGAAAUGUUUUUCUGGAUACUCAAUAAGUGUGUCAGUAUGCAAACACACACACACACACACACACAAUCAGUAUUGUUUGUAAAUCUCUCAAAGUGUUACUCUUCAUACUUUACUGUACUUCUGGAUGUACAUAUUGGCGGGUGUAUAUAGCUUGUAGGGAUCUGUGAUAAUCCUCAGCAGCAAACCAGAAUGUGUGUUUAUUAAUAAUACACUUCAGACGUUCCGAAUUUAUCAUAAUGUCUUCUCCAGGAAGUAGAAAUACUUGCACAUGACUGUCAUGUCAGCAGAUGCCUUAGAUGUCGCUCUACUGUGACUUUAGUGUGUGUGUGGGGGGAGUUAAAUCUGUUUUAUCCAAUCGUUGUUUAAACUGUAAAACUGGUGUGUGGUGUGUUUGGCACUGGGUUUGACUUGAGCUCAAAGUGACACUGCUGGAGCCAAUAAUUCCCUGUUAUUAUGUGUCGUGUGAAGUUUUUUUUCUUUUGUGUUAUUUUCAUGUUAAAGACUUUCUGUUAGAGGUAUUAUUUUACUGUUUUUUAAGUUUCUGCUCUUUUUUUCUGGAGGUACAAAGUAUUCAAAAGCCUCUAGCGUCAUUAAUUCUUCGCGCAAAUGUUAGAAGAAAAAAAAGUUUUUCUAGCUGCUCCUGCGGUGAUUUCUUCAGUCCUCGUGCAGCGCUUCCAAACAACCUCACACUCCAUAUCUAAUAUAUCAAUAUAGUACCAUUAUCAUCAUAUGAGACAAUAUGGAACCAGGUUCUUUAGCCAGUUGGGUCCAGGCUCUUUAGAUGGUUGGGACCAGGUUCUUUAGCCGGUUGGGUCCAGGUUCUUUAGCCUGUUGGGUCCAGGCUCUUUAGCCGGUUGGGUCCAGGUUCUUUAGCCGGUUGGGUCCAGGUUCUUUAGCCGGUUGGGUCCAGGUUCUUUAGCCGGUUGGGUCCAGGUUCUUUAGCCAGUUGGGUCCAGGCUAUUUAGCCGGUUGGGUCCAGGCUCUUUAGCCGGUUGGGUCCAGGUUCUUUAGCCAGUUGGGUCCAGGCUCUUUAGCCGGUUGGGACCAGGUUCUUUAGCCAGUUGGGUCCAGGCUCUGUAGCCGGUUGGGUCCAGGCUCUUUAGAUGGUUGGGACCAGGCUCUGUAGCCGGUUGGGACCAGGUUCUUUAGCCGGUUGGGUCCAGGCUGUAUCUGGGAACAAAAGCAUUCAUUCCAAAAGUUAAAUCACUGAUACUUAAAAUAAAAUGGCAAACUUACAAGACUUUGCUACGUUCGAACAUCUCGGGUCUCUAAUUCUUCUUCUGUUCUUAAAUGUUCUGUCGCAAACUGUGGGUUCCCUGUCGAUACACUACAGUGGAGACCUCUGGUGGUAGCAAAAUACUGUGAAGAAAUAUGUCGAUCUCAUUAGCUGGAGCUCAGCGGUGCACUUCCUUUGGUCCUGAUCAAUACAUCAGCUAGGUGUGAAGUUGAACAGAUGAGCUAUUUUCAAUACGGACAAAGAACUUUUCAGUUAGAUGCAAGAAGCUGAGUUUGGUUGUUUGUCUGCUUGUAAAGAAUUUAUCCAUGAAUCUGGUUGUUUUCUGCAGUGUGCUGAAAUCAGUAUUCAUUGGACAGGGCUUCCCUCUUUAUUCCUUAAGAGUUUCAUCAAAUCAAACCCAACUGUUCAUACAGUUUAUGGCUGUUGUUUGUCCUGCUACAGUCGUAUUUAAAGAAAUUUUUGCUAAAAUGUGAAACUAUAUUAAUAACCGACUCACAGUCCUAACAGAUGAAGUGAUGCAAGAUUGAAAGCAAAGGAAGAAAAACUCUCUUGUGGUCUUUGUUACUACACUGGGGAAGCGGAAUGUACCACUCCAAGAGGAGGAGGCAGAGGAAUAGUCCAAGUGGUCUGCCACUCCUGCGCUUGAUUAAUUAAAACCAUGUGCACUUGAAAAAGAGAUUGUCAGAAGAUUCAGUCGUGUUCUUGGAUAAAAUAAGACAACAAGAACACAAUAAAUUGAAUGCAUGUGAUUAUAUCUCGUACCACCUGUAACUGCAGAUGGAUUAAGGAUUAUAACUUCAGUGCAGAACACCAGAUGCUGCACAAGUAGAUGAACUUCAGUGAUCUACUUCAUUUUCUUUACCGGGAUAAAUUCUGCUUCUUUAAAUGAGUCAUGGAGAGAAACACUGGAGACGGUUAAUGAGAGAAAACAUCAGAUGUGAUCGGCUUAAUUUCAGUGUCUCAUCUCAACCUCCGUUGAUCUGGUUUUGACUUUUGGACAAGAAGUCAGUCAUGUAUGUCGGCUUUCUGAUUUGAGACUGAAGAGAAUCAUUCGCUUUUAUCCAAUGAUAUGUAAGCGUUUAAUUUCUUUGCUGAAAGGCUGAUUUAAGAAGCAGUGUCUGCAUGAAAACUGGACCAGACCAGCACAGACUGGUUUCAUUUUAAAAGCUUCUUCUCUCUUCGCUCGCUUCAAAUUCAACAUUUCUCUCUACAAUCACAAUCAUGACAGAGAGGCUUUUGAAUGCACACACCAGUAUUUGAAUGGAAAUCAUCUGAUUUUUAUUGUUCGUGUCAUGUUAUUCAUCCUCUUUUCAUUUCAGUUUUUUGUCUUGAGUUCUCAUUCUCCCUCUUGCAUGCAUAUUUUUGUAUGAUUUAAUAAAUGUGUUUUUAAUCCCAUGUAAUCAGACAGUUCAUUUGAUUCAUUUGAUUUCACAUGUCUUUUUUUAUAUACAUGUUGAUCUGUGUCUCCUGCAUCAAUUGUGACGUGGAAAAUUGCAUAUGAAUUUUAGCGUGAGCUUGGAAUUGUGAGCUUUGGUCAAAUAAUGCAGAAUCGCCAGCAGAUACUGUAAAGACUGGAGACUGAAAAAUAUCCAGAAAAUGCACAUUUGAAUUGAAAUAUCUUAAAAAGAGAAAUCAAAAACUUCCUCCAGCCAUCGGCGGAUGAAGCCGUGCAGUUCCAAGCUCACGCCUGUCAAACUUUUACAUGUUUUUGUUUCUUUUUUCUGUCCACAUGGUUGUAAUUCUGUAUGUAAAGUCUCCAUAAAACCCCAUAAACUGUCAUGACGGCACUUGAGUUUCUUUGUGGCUGUGACGGACUCGCAGUCUGGACAGUGAACAUGGUGUUUUCUUAGACUUGGUGUCUGUUGUACAAACUCUAAUAAAACACUGUUAUCUAUCAGUGAA